AUGACAAACAAACUCGUGAUGAUCAUCGGAUUCAUUGCCUUGGCAGUAAUAUCAACUGUGACGGCAGCCAGACAGUUUUCCGAUGACGGAAAUCCGACCGCGAUAUUGAAAGCAAGUGUGCCUAUAAGACACAUGAACAUAACAAACGAACUCCAUUCAAAUGUGAUGCUGAAGAUGCAUUGUAAAUCAGAAGACGACGAUCUAGGCGAUCAUAGCAUUGCUUAUGGCGAAUCAUUAUAUUGGAGUUUCAAGUCCAAAUUGUUCAUCCACACCACUGUCUUCACUUGUUCCAUGUCGUGGGAUUCUAUUUCUGGAACUUUCGACGUUUACAGGGCUACGAGGGAUGAUAGUCGAUGUGCUGAAAAGUGUUGGUGGAGAAUUAGAACCGAUGGUGCAUUCUCAUAUAAUGAGCAACUUGAUAGGUGGGAUCUUUUAUACGACUGGUCAACCCCCGCAUAG